UUCUUCCUCGUUGGUGAUAUUGGACGUGCUUCACUUCCGGUGUUCCUCAGCCGCGUGUCGGCCCCUGCGGGCCGGAGGACCGACUCGUCCGGUCCCGCCUCCCCGCGGGCCGCAGCCAGCCCUCGCUGGUUUCGGCGGCGGCAGGGCGGGGUUUGUUGUGAGAGCGGACCGGAGAGAGAAGACUCACCAGGGAAGAUGGCGACCGCAGGGUCCGCCAAACGGCCUGGCAGACCGGCCAGCACAGCCGCCGGCAGGUACCGGUCCGGGUCCGGGCGUGGAGCCGGGUCCGGGUCCAGCCCGCCGGAGAAUGAGAAGAAGAAGUGCUCGGUAUGUGCGGAGGGGCAGCCCGGCGGCAGUCCGCCUUGCGGACCCCCGGCCUGUCCACUGUGCUUUGCCCAGAGACACUCCGGCAGCGAAGAGCGGCUCCGGAGGAGGAGUGACCCCGAGAGGAGCAGCAGCAGGCCGGGCAGGAGGGACUGCGACAGCCGAAGAGAGUUCUUCGUGUCUCCGGCUCUCAUCCCAAAGAGUUCUGACGUUUUAUCAGCCGGGAAACACAAGCUGUUGCUGUGUGAGGACAGAGAGGAUGUCAAGAGAAGGAACAUCUGUAAAGACGAUUCAGUGCGACGUGAAGAAGAGCCUGGAGUUCUGUCAGACUCAGAGAACGAGGAGCCGAUCAGCAGGAGGAUCAGAAACAUCUCGGCCUUCAUCAGGAAAACUAAGACCUGUGCAGCCUUCACCGGUGGUUCUCAGAGGAGUCAGAGCUGCACUGACCCAGUGGAGGACCGAGGAGGGAAGAUUAAGACCGUCACCCAGCCGGCCCUGAUGGACAGAGUUGGUAUCAGUCACAGCUUCACAGCAGGAAUCCUCCUCUCCUCUGAGAACAGUCGCUCCGUCUCGGCGCCCAUCACUGCCCCUGACCGCAGGCUCACCUGGCGAGCUGUUGUCUCAUCGUCGUCACUGACUCCUCUGGCCCUCCCUCCAGCCAGAUCCGAGCGCUCCAUCAGCCCAGAGAGCAACGACAGCAUCUCUGAAGAACUCAACCAUUUCAAGCCCAUCGUCUGUUCGCCGUGCACGCCACCCAAACGGCUGCCAGACGGCCGCCUAAUGGAGCCCACCAUCGUGAAGUCCACGCCCAGGAACCUAACCCGAGGCCUGCAGAAGGCCACCAGCUACGAGGCCAGUCCUGCCGUCCUGCAGAAGUGGAGGCAGAUCGAACUUGACCGGCAGAGUCUCAAAGUGAACUCCAAGGCGACACUGACGAGCCCCGUCAACGAGCUCCACAACAAGGCCGGCGGAGGGGAGGACGGGGCUGCGAAGACUCUUCAGCCCUCGGCAGGACGGGAUGGAGACGGAGUGACGGCCGUCAACAAGAGAAGGCUGCUGUUCGACCCUGCAGACACAGACUCCUUCCAGAAACAAGCGGUAAAGAUCCGGGUCCCUGCGAUCCGCUACAGCAGCGAGGCCACUCUCAGAGCAGGAUCAGACUUUGAGGCGAUGGUCGGCGCUCCAGAGUCCUGCAGCGGAGGAGCGCUCUUCAGUCGGAAACAGUCGUUCUCUCCGUACACCAAGAACUCUGGUUUCCAGUCAUGUAAGUUAGUGCCAAAGGACUCACAGAGUCCGAGGAAGGAGUCCGACAGCAGCCUCCACAACCAGUCUACCUCAAGGAGGGGCAAGAAGAGGGAGCAGAAGACCAAACACUUGGACUCGGACCGGGACUCGGACCUGAAGAGGAGCCGGUCGGUCAGUCAGGAGGCUUUUGACGAGCGUUACAUCCGUCAGAUCCAGCAGGAGCGUCAGGACCGAGCGCUCGCCCUGAAGCUGCAGAGACAGUUUGACCUGGAGAACCAGACCGUCAACCGCAGGAGGAGCCCGGACACCUACUUCCUGCGUUCAUGGAUGUCCAAUCAGAACCGCAGGAGGCGUGGCCUCCGGAGAUCCAGACGAAUCAACAAGAAGCACUAGAGAGGAGUCGUCUGCCGACUCAGCACAAAGACAGCUUCAUAUAUGCAACGAGAGGACGGCGGCAGGUCGAUGAAUGUUUGAGCUCAGAGAUGCUGCUGAGGUCAGAAAACGAUUCUUCCAAACAUUUUCAAUUCUUCACCAGCAAAUCACUAAAACUGUCAGUCUGACAUCAUCACGCCUGAGGACAGUCCAGAGGUCACAUAUCAAUCAGCCAAUCAAAGAAAGCCAUAGAUGCUGUCAAUCAACAUGAUAGAGACAAAACGUGGCUGUUUGACUGCAGCAGCACUUCCUGCUGCAGGUUCACCGUGUGACACUUGAAUCAAUCAAUCAAAACUCUUUAAACCAGAUUCUGACAUUUUAAAGCUCCUGAUUGUUUAAUGUUGACCGUGUGAUGGAGGACAAACUGAUGUCUGUUCAGCUGAGUCCAUCACUUCACACCUGAUAUUAACCUGCGUCCCGGUCUGAUGUCACUUCCUGCUCUGUAUGAAACAAACCCGUCCAUCACUGAGACAAACAGACUCCAUGUUUCUACUCAAAGACAGAAAGAAGUUCAUGUAGAACAUUUGCUGAAUUAACAAGAAGGUCCAAAUAAUGCAGAAUGAGUCAGAGACAGAGUUUCACAGAGUUUAUAAAGUUUGUUUUAACUCAACAACUCUCAAAAGUCUGGUGAUGUCGUGGUUAUUAAUGUAGCUGUACUUAGAGCUGUCCACCUGUAAUCAGAUUACUGAGGACACAGGUUGACACCAGGUGUGAACAGCGUCUGGUUGACACACAGUGAACCUGCAGCUUCAUGUUCAGUCUCCAUGACUCUGAGUCAAUGUGUCGGCGCUGCAGGACUCACAGAGACUGAAGGAGUCCCGCUGAGCGACCUGUGUUCGCCUCCUUUCACUUCCUGUAUCUGCGUCCUCCAGCAGCCGAGGAUUAUGGGACAUUCCUGCUCUAAAAUCCAUCAGAUCAGUAACUUCCUCCCACUGUGGUUACUGGUCCUGCGGCAGUCUUCCAGUCGGAACUCCGUCAGACGUGGCUUGGGUGUUGAAGCAGUGGACUGACCGCCGAGGCUCAUGGGUACUGUAGUCUGUACAGCAGAACAGAUUGGAUGAGUUAACAGAUAGAAAAAGCUUUGAGGAAGAGCAGAGUCGUGUUCACAUUAUUUGAGUCAGAGCAUCACAGUGACAGCAUCACAACUACUUCCUGUUUUCACCUUGAUGGUCUGCAGAUUAAUGAAUGACCUCAUCAUUAGUUAAAAGCCAAGUGGAGCCGGAUGUACCUGAGAAACAAAACUGAUCAUUAAACCAGUCAAACUGAUUAAAGUCAAUAAAGGACAAUAAUAAAUAAAACAUCUUAAGAUCUGAUCACAAACAAACAAUAUAAUAUUUAUCUUAUGUUCCACCACAUGAUGAGAUAAUAGACUGUGUACAUAUCUUGUUAUGAUGUAAUAAUAAGAUCAAUAUUAGAUUGUUUAAAUGAUAAUGUUUGACGCUGUAACGUGACACUGAUCAUCAGCGAUAUGACUGAUCAAUAAAACAUGAAUGAUUGAAUGAAACAGA